AUGUAUUGGGCUCCUAUUUUUGGCAAUGAAUUCGAUAAGGUUUUGUGAUAUGUGGAAUGGAACAGCAGCAUCACACAUCCGCAGGUGCAGUUCACGCACCAAGAACAUUAGAUGUGACCUUACCUCAGCUGCAGCAUUCUUCUAAUUCAUUGUCUCGACCAGCAGCACCAUCUCCUGCUGCCGGCGAGUCAGCUCCACACAGUGAAGUCAAGCGCUGUCAAAAUUUCAGGGUCUGGAACAUUACCUCACAGUAUUAUGGUCGACUACCCCUUCAUACCACCAAAUCGGUCCGUAAGCGAAUCUCAAGGAUUUUAUCAGCUUCAAGCUGUUCGUAAGUGUUUACCUUUCUAUGGAAGUCGUUCUAAAGUUGUUCCGAAAAUGUUUUCUUAA